CGAGCUGCUGCGCGGGCCAUGCUCGAAGCCGGCGUCACCGAUGGAGCCAUUGUUAACGUGUCGAGCCGUGCGGCUAAUGACUGCUUGCCGGGCUUGUCGGUAUACUCUGCCUGCAAGGCCGCCGUUGUCUCCUUCACGCGCUGCAUGGCUGCGGAACUGGCUACGCAGGGUAUCCGCUGCAAUGCCGUGUUGCCCGGCCUGACGGAGUCACCGCCCGUGCUCAGUAUGGGCAAUGAGAGGCGAAACGCCCUGUGCGCGAGUAUUCCUAUCGGCCGCAUGGCCACGACACGAGAAAUCGCAGAGGUUGUCGCGUUCCUCUGUUCACCGGAGAGCUCGUACGUGGUGGGCGCCGCUUGGGUGGUGGCCGGGGGAAAGCAGUAGUUGGGGCCCUAGCAUUAAUCCUUCAGGGCAUGGCUCAUAUGCAGCCAUAUCGAAUAUAAGCAAAACAGCGCAAAUCGAACAAGGACUAAAGAAGUGUGGGCGCAAAAGCAAUACCGGUGCCGUUUACACGAGUAAUAACUGCAAACGUGUUAUUGGUCGCAUUACCCUGCGGAGUUGAAACGAUGUCUGCACGAUGCGUUAUGAGUUAAUUAGCUAAAAUCAAUGUAGCGCAUAUUCCCAUCUGGACUUCUUCAGCUAUGUUUAUACGGAGGACUCUUAGGCAGUCCUCGCAGAGGUCUCAGUAAAGGUGAUUCCAGAACACUCCAUCU